CAGACACACCGGCGCAUGAAGCAUGUUGGGAAAUGAAGUACUUGGUUGUUCAGGGCGUGGUGGGUGGUUAGCGCCCCUCACCUUUUGAUAAUACAGAUAGGGGGAAAAUGCCUGAGUCCAAACAAAAAGAAACACCACAUCACAAAGGUAGUUCCCUCACUAGAGACCUUAAUCUGAGCAGAUGUUCACGCUAAAUCCAAAUUGCUCACUAUUUUCUUGUGAAUGUUUCAGUUGUUCGGAGGAUCUCCUUUAACACCCCCCAGUUCCUUUUCACUGGGCUACUCUCAAUCUCUUUUGAUUUGUCCAUUACAAAUUAAGGACAAAAUACAUCCCUUGGUGGUGCGUCAUUCAUCAUGGCAGCAGUUAUUCCAGCUGCACUUUCAGACCCUGAGCCCUUGUAGUAGAGGGGUCCCUGCUGCACCUGCAGAGUCUUACUCUGAGGGGUGUGUUGGCCUUGCAUCUGCUGCUGGGGUGCUAUGUCGAGUUCUCCUGAAACAAAGUACCUGUUGGGAUUCUGAGAAGAGAAGUUUCAGCAAAGUUAUCUCCCUGUGUUCCAAGUGGAAGACUAGAUGGGUGGUGCUGCGCAAGCCUUCCCCGGUUGCAGAUUGUCUGCUCAUGCUGGUAUAUAAGGAAAGGUCUGAACGACUGAAGGGGCUGAAGGAACGGAGCAGCGUGACCUUGGAAGACAUCUGUGGCCUGGACCCUGGGCUCUGUUAUGAGGGUCUGAAUCACACUCUUGCCAUCAUCUGUUUGACUCAGGUUGUUAUGCUGGGUUUUGAUAACAAGGAAACCAUGCAUGCCUGGGAUGUACGGAUCCGCUACAGUUUAGGAGAAGUUCACAGGUUUCAUGUUGUGGUAGCACCUGGAACUAAACUGGAGAGUGGUCCAGCAACUCUUCACUUCUGCAAUGAUAUUCUAGUACUAGUAAAAGAUAGUCCACCCACUAUCAUGGGACAAUGGAAACUCUCAGAUCUGCGCCGCUAUGGAGCUGUUCCUAAUGGAUUUGUCUUUGAAGGUGGAACUCGUUGUGGCUUCUGGGCUGGUGUGUUUUUCCUGUCUUGCACAGAGGGAGAGAAGAUCAGCUUUCUCUUUGACUGCAUUGUUCAUGGCAUCUCUCCAAUGAAAGGCCCAUUUGGCUUGCGUCCAGUCUUACCAGACCCCAGUGCAAAUCCUACCUGCAUGGAAGAGAGGGUAGCCCAUGAAGCUCUGCAGUUAGAGAAGCGCCUCAGCCUUCUAUCCCAUACAAGUUACCAUGGUAGUGGAGGUGAUGAUAGAAGUUUAUCAAGUUCAUCUUCAGACACAAGCCAUUCCGACGCUAGCAUUGGAAGCAGGCUAACUAUUUGGCCUGAUCAGUCUUCAGCCAGUACUUCUCAAGAGAGUCAUGGACUGGCCACAGCAAAGGGCAUUCAUCCUGGGGAAGAAAAAGCCCACUCAGAAGGUACUCGCAGCCUCGCCAAACCACCACCUAAACUUCUUCGCUCCAGACAGCUACAAGAAAUAGGCCGCCAAAGUUCUUCUGACAGUGGGAUAGCAACUGGGAGUCACUCUUCUUAUUCUGGAAGUUUCUCUUCCUAUGCUGGAAGCCUGGACAUUUGCCGUGGGGAUGAAUUUGGAUCACUUUUGAGCUUGCCACCGAACCUUCCUUCAGAUCAGAAUGUAUGCACUUGCUCUCCUGGUGAGCACCAGAGGAGCCCUAGCCUGGAGUACCAGGUUCCCAGCAACCUCAGACAUACCUAUGACAUACCCAGGAGUCUGUUACAGGUAGCUACUAAAGAUGUACAAAAUGUAAGUGCAGACUCCUCUUUGUCAAAGGACCAGGCACCUCAAGGAAUCAGUGACUUGAAACUGCUGGUACCACAUCUAGAAGAACAAUAUGCUCCUGAGCACAGCCAGGAGAGGGGCGUACAGGCAGCCUUUCUCCAUGAAAAUUCCAAAGACUCAAGCAUUGAGGCAAGCGUGGAUUUUGUUUCAAGGUGGUCACAUCUAAGACAGCAAGGACAGGUGUCGGACUCUACGAGUACUGAGGUGACACAAUUUGGUGGGGUCUCCAGCAGCCUAUGUGAAAUAUGUAGCUCUCCUUCUGGGACAACACGAGCGGUCUUUUCAUCUUGCCCAGUCUGCGGUGGACUAAAGGAAACUUCAAUUUUAUCAUCUGGAGUCUUACCAUCUAUCCCAGGUGCUUCUGCCAUGACAAAAGUUUGGUUUUCAAAAGCAUGUAAAAGACACAGUUUGCAAACCGGUCCAAAAGGAAGCUAUGACAUAAUGGUGCCACCUACAGAACCUGGAUCUCUACCUGAUCCUGAAGAACUUGCAGGAGCAGUAGGUUUUUCAGCAGAUCUACCUGUGUCUGAUCGAUUGCGCAGUGAGACAGCAAAUUAUGUUAAUAUUCCUACAAGCCCGACAUCAAAGAAACAGCUUCAUUACAUGGAGCUGGAACUCCAGGAACCUAGUACAAGCAUAAGAGGAAGUGGAUCAACCAAAUAUGCACAGAUUGACAUUACAGCAACAGAGACAGCUCACAAAGUGGGAACGCAGCAUGCACAGUUUAGAGAAGAACGCCUUCAAGAGCUUGAACAGAAGAAGAAAGGAGGCCAACAAUGCUCUUCAUAGAGCAAAACCCUAAUAUACAGUAUUUGUAAAUGUUUCUUGAACUCAUUAAUCCAACUAAAUGCUGCCAUUGUUUUCAGAUUUAUACCAGAUUCAUUCCAAUCUAUUAAUUUCCAAUUGGAAAACUGGUACCAUGGGUGUGUGUGUGUCUAAAAUAUUGGUUGUAAACAUGUCAAAUAGAUUACAUUUGUUGUAUUUUUUUAAUGUGCUAAAUAUGACACCAAAUAUGAAUAGUUUUCAAACUGAGGCAUUUAAUUUAUAUGUUAUAAGGAUGUAAAUGUAUCUAAGUAUACAUAAAAUACUGGUCUAUGCAGUGUGUAUAUUGACAAAAUAUUCUGUUUUGUUAGGAGUUAGCAUAUCACUUCAUGUUGUUUUUCAAAGCUAGGGUGUAUUUGCAAAUUUUACGCAGUCAUGAGGAUGAUAGUUUGACUGGUGCUGUUAAAUAAAGAGUGAAUGGCUCAACCAUAACUGGAUUGCCAGCCUGCAUACUUGACAACUCUAUUUUUAAUAAGCAGCACAACAAUUCAUAGUGAAAACAAAACAGUAAGACAUUACACAACUAUUUCUGUAGUAAACCUAUGUCUGGCAAAUGAAGCAAUUCUGUGACUGACUUGGCCCUGCUUCUAAGGAAAAAGCUGCCCCUCUGUUUCUAGCUUUAGGCAAGGACACCUACUGCCUUGAGCCUCUGUCUUAGUAGCAGUGGAAGAGACAACCACCUUCUGGCAUUAGUGCCCUGACCUUUUUGCUGGUGCCUCAGACUUGUAGCUCUCCAGCUGAGGUUGUAAACAAAACCUUUAUGUGGUAGAAGACCAAGAAUGUGCAGGUUAGCAAAACAACCAAGUAAAGCUAAGGUUGUACUGCUAGAUCAGCAACGAAUAUCAUCAUGCAUAAACCUGGCUGAAGUCUGUACUUUACAGUGAAGAUUGCACAAAUUAGCCUAGUUAUUGGUGGUGUUUGGGUUGGAUUUUUUUUAAAAAAACAUAUGUGGCAACCUUAUCUCUUGAGGGGAAAAAUAGGUAUAUUGUCACAUUAAUUUUCUAGGUGUUUUUUCUUUUUCUUUUUAAACAAAUAACUUUCUAUUAAAGCAGCUUUCAGCAAUAUGAUAGUGAAUGAAUGUUCAUUCCAUCUUCCCCUUUGUCCAACCUAGUCUACUCCUUUCUCUGCAGAAGCAGGUUAGUAUAUUUUUCCUACCCACAUGUAAUGACGGUGGUUGACAUACUGUGGAAUGGUAUAUCAGCCCAGUAAUGUUGGAUGCAUGCAUGCAGAUUGCACAGUGGAAAAAAUGGGCUUACUCUUUGUGUAACACAAGUUCUGCAAUGUUAGUGUUUCCACAGCUUACAUACACACACCAUUACUAGGCUGAUUUACUGUUGUGUAGUACUGUAUGUCAGCCAGUGUCACUUUCUUCCUGUACCUCACCAUUUAUGUUGUGUGUUUUUAUUUUAACUCAGCAUCUUGAGAAAUAGUCACAUGGAUGUACAGAAUCCUUCAAAGUUUAAAUGGCUCCUCUUGAAAAUAUGGACUUGAAUGCUUGUUUCCAAGCUUUGCCUCAUAUAUGUUGGCUUAAAUAAAAAUGUAAAAUGUUGAGUGUCACUCAUUCAGUGACAUGCACACCACCUUAUUAAAGUCACUACAAUUUUAUGGUUGCUGACAUCCUGAACAAUGCUUGAGAAAUAAGCAGAUUUGCCCUAGAAGCUUAGCUGUGCUUAAAAUAACCGGGUUUGUGCAAGAGCGCCAUUGCAUACUUGUGCAAAAGUCCCCAUGAAAACAAAUUAGGUAUGCCACAGUUGUACAACUACAAGCAGACAGUGCUAGUCUGGAGUAGGGGUGUGCAUAAAACCGGCUGGCCUGAUUCGGUUCAAGUCAAAACUGGACUAGCUCGUUUUUGCCCCCCUCGAUCGUACUUAUCCCUCUGGGGAGCUUUUCAGAGGCUGCGGGGUGUGUGCGUGUCUGCAGAGGUUCCCUCUCCAUUGUCCAUUUUGCCCAAAAGUGCCUGGUUCAGGUGGUCUUGGGUCCUUUCUAGGCCUUCCCCUGUCACGGUGGCCAUUUUGGAGGUCGCUGUGCAUGUGCAAUGAGACCCUGCAUGGCCUGGGUCAUGGCCUGGCCAUGGAGGGCCCAUUGUGUAUGUGUGGUGGCCUCCAAAAUGGCCAUCACGGUGGGAAAGGCCUGGAAAGGGCUGAAGACUGUCCAAACCGGGCACUUUUUGGCAAAAUGGAGAUGGGGGAGGGGGAACCUCCCCUGGAGGAAGUAAGCACAAAAAUAAUUUUUUAAAAAAAAUUCACACACACACCCCGAAAGUCUGGGGGUGGGGUUUUGGUCUGAUGUCGAGCCAAACUAGGGUGGGUGGGUUCAGCUCAAUAUCAAGCUGUUCAACCAAACCGGUUCAAUUUCAAACUGGUUUGCACAUCCCUAGUCUGAAGCACAAGCAACAGUUUUGUGCUAGCCCAGCAUCCUCCUGCAAGUGCUCCAUUGCUCUGGAUGUCAGCCAGUAUUUUAAAAAUCACAACAGGUCAAGAUAUAACAAGGAAUUAGCAACUUCCUUGUGCAUUGGUGUCUGGUAUCCUCUGCUACUCCAACAUUGUUUUUGUUUUCAGCUUUUUCUAGAAGAUGCCGAUUCAUUUCCAAAGCUUAAUGUUAAGAAAUGAAUCAGCAUCUUCUAGAAAAAGCAAUAUUUUAAGACAUGCAUGUUUCCUUCCCAUCUAAUGUCUGCCCAUUUAAUUGUGUUACUGGCAAUAUAUUGUUUUUUAAGUUGAAAGAUACUGGCAAUCACUUAAGUGUUUGUUAAAGUUUUGCUAACUGUACUGAACAGAUGGAAAAGCAAUCACUCUGAAAUGUCUUGUUUUAGUGUUAAAUUGUCAGUACAUUUCUUUACAAACUCUCACCUUUCUAAUAUUUUAUUUGCAAUUCUGUGUGGUGACUUUAAUAGCAAUGAAAUGUUACUACUGUAACUAGCUUAUGUACUGUGCAGACAGCCACACACCCAAGAGCAAUGCUAUCUGACUGAGAGCACAGAACUCACCAGCAGGUGAAAGUUCCUACCAAUGGCAGUGGAAGGCACCAUGCAUUCUGAACAUUGCCUCAGAACAAGUAUGACAGAGUCCCAGCAUCCAGUGGGAGUCAGUUGCAGCUGCUCUGAUGCAGUACUUAGGAUGCACAGAGUCUCCCUCGUCAUAAACUGGCAAGUCCUGCACAAGCCAGCGAGAUAGCAUCCCUCUUGUGUGCAUGGCUUCCCUCUUGUGUGCAUGGCUUCCUGCAUGGUAUGUAGGCCAUGGAUCCUAAAUGCAUUAUUUGAAAAAGCUGAUGAAAUUAUUCAUUGUCUUAGGUGGUACAAUAUUCUCACAAUAUACCAUCUAAAGUGAUACGAUAUUCUCUAAGGUGCCCUUUCGUUAAAGUGUAAAUCGGGGGGGAUGUAGUACAGGUAGUCCUCAACAUAAGACACUGUGACUUAAGAUAAACAGAACUUAAGGUUUGUAAAUUGCCACCUUGUUCCUGCUUUGCAACUGUUUUGCUUUACAACCCUCACCGUGGAAGGGAAGGUGCUUCUAGAGGACAGCUGGUGUGUGGGCUAGAGGAGCAGUAGGUGACAAUGGUAACUCAGGCACACCUUGUCAUUGAGACUGUCAGUCUUGGUGGCGGCUGCUGCAUUUGAGCCUAUGGAGAUAUUGGCUGACAGCCAUCCAAAAUGCUCCUCUGCCUCCACUGCUGCUGCUUUGGCUUCUCCUACUUCUCCUUCAAGCUCAGCUGCUGUGCUAUGAUGGCAAGAAGCAAGCAUCUGCCCCAGUCCACAUGCUGCUACCUGGCCACCCUCAUUCCCUGUCCAACUGCUGCCCAGUAGUACGGGUGUGUGAAACCAUUUCCUGCAGUUUGGUUUGAAUUGGAACGAAAUUCAAACUGGGCCAUGGAUUCAUGAACUGGUUUGGUUGAACACAUGGGCUGGUUCUGUCCUUCAGACCAGCUCAAACUGGGUUUGGUUUGGUUUGGUUUGGUUUACCCAUAGGGAAUAUUAUUAUAAUGGGAGUACCCAUUAUUCCCCAUAGGUAGCUCCAAGGGACACCAAAGCAAAAUUUGGGUGGUCAGGCAUGAUGGGUGCUACCUACCACCCAACCCUCAAAACAAUCGGAUGAUUUUUAAUAUAUAUUUUUUCUGGGUCAGUAGGUUAACCCUAACCCUACUAAGGUUAGGGCUAGCAUUACCCAUAAAGAAUAAUGGGGUCGUUCAAGUUCCCCGUUAUUUCCUAUGGACGGAACAGCUUAGUGCCACACAGGUACAAAAAGGGGAUCAUUUCAAUCCAUCCUUACUAACACAGAACACGCAGCACAUUUCAAACACAGUCUGAAAAAGAAUCACUGAUCCAGAUUCCACUGUCAGCCACAGUGCAAGGUGCCUGUGCUGCAUCUUUGGCACAAGUUACUCUCUCUCACACUGACACACAAUUAUAACUCCAUUGCAACAGUAGCACGCACCCUUAGCAAGCAUACCCAUAAGCUCGACUAGAACAAUGUCCUCUUCAGCCACAUUUUGACUGAAUACAUCUUGCAAUGCAGACUGUAGAGCAGAGAGAUGAGUGAAGCACAAGUUAGUCUCAAGGACAGACAUAGAGCUCAUCUCACAGCAAUCACUAAGGAAGUAUUACACCAAGUAGAGAGCUGAUCUGGUCCACUUCUUGCCACACUACCAUCUCACAAACAGACUGAAUUACAACUCAAAGUGUGUGUAGUUCUGCCUCUGUCCAUCUGAGAUCUAGUAAGACCAGCAACAGCUAACAAGUAUAUCAUAAUCAAUACUGAAAAGAGAAACAAAGCACCACAAGCUUCUUUGAUAAAAACUCUUCUUUCUUUACAUGUCUGAAUAAUAAUCCACGGCCUCAGAUUGGCUGGGCCCCAGCUGACAGCCGGCCUGACUGAUAGUCCAGGGUGCCAGUCCAUCACAGGCCAUGGUUGGGGAGUGUGUGCAUGUCUGUGCUGCUUGUGGGGGGGAGUUAGCAGUAACACACACAAACCAUCUGCCUGCUCCACCACAGCCUCCAAUUGGUACUGGGCCUCAAGGCACCACCACCAUCAUAUCGGGCCAUAGCGAUGUAGGGCAUGAGUGUCUUUGUGUGAGCAGCACUAACAGGCAGACUGUGACACAUCUGAUUUUAGGGUUCACCAGGAUGGGGCGAGCUGGCAGUGGUGUUGCAGUGGGUGGGGGUGACCAUGAGUCACUCAACCUCCAUGGCCAGCUUGGGAUAGCCCAGAAGGGGGAGGUUGGCCUUCAGGAUGACCAACUGCUCCACCAAGCCAGCAUCCAAGCGUGAACGAUGGGGUGUCACUACAUCUCCAGCCAUGGAGAACACCCUCUCACUCUGGAUGCUGGUUGGAGGGCAUGAGAGGAGCCAGACUUGGUGAUGCGUUGCCCAAAACUGAAUUGGUUCCAUCUCUUGAGUUUGCCACCGGCUUCUGCAAGUACUGCAGAACAGAGUGUUCUGCAAUACCAUAGGACUCAGUGGUCUUUUCCUGUACCCUUGACAAGAUGCCAAGGCACCCCCAUUUAAACCUGAAACACCUGAGCGGAACUCUUGGCUGUGUUGGCACUGCCAUGGACACCAUGUUGCUGCUGGCCUGGGAAGUGGUGGUGGUGCUGCUGCUGCUGGGGGUGGAAUGUGCACUAAAAGUAGGUGCUCCAUCAUCAUCCUGGUUCCGACCCAGUCUCCUCUCCUCUCCUCUCCUCAUCCUGCCUAACUUUUUGAACCAGGAUGUCCCUCCACCUGGGCAGCUCAUCAGGGGUGACAGCAUUGCCCUUCAUCAUUGGGUCACAUAGGCAGGUCAAAACAAGUGCUGCCAAAGGACCAAGCUGUUGCUGAGCCACUCCAUCCCUCAGCUGACCUGCAAGGGUGUGUGCUUCGCCAGUGGUCAGUGAGAUCUGUAGGUAAAACUUCAUCUUCUCCAGGAGAAGAGUGGCGGGCAAAGCCUGGCUCAAUGUUGCUGUCUCAGCACAGAAGCUGUUCAUGGCUACAAAGAAUGGUUGAGUGUCAAGACACUCGGAAAUGAGCUUCUCGUCCAUGUUGGACAGGUUGCACACUCUUGCCACUUCUCCUUGCCAGAGUGUGGAUGGUUGGCUCUUGCUCCUGCAGGUGCUGGAGCAAGAGAAAGGUGGAGUUCCACCGGGUCAAAACAUCCUGAGGGAUCAGGUGUUCCUGCAGGAACCUGCAGUGAAGAUUUGGCUACCUGGACAGCCAAUCUGCCACCUAGCGUUUCAUGACCACUGAUAGCUCAUCUACCAUGUGGCCAGUGUCCAUCAGCUCCACAUGCUCCACCUUGGCUUGGCUGCAUGGGAGGGGCUGGCCAUGCUACCCCCAGCAGAUGUCCCCUCGCUCUCCUGCCUGCACCAGUGUGCCAUGAGGGACAGGAAAGCAGCAUGCACCCCACUGCAACUGGUCCACAAAUCCAUCGUGAAGUGCAUGCUGGUCCACAUGACAUCCCUGCACACCUUGUAAGGAGGGCACCACCUGCCUGCUGAAGGUUCUGCAUGAGGGGAUGUUGUAGUCAAGGAAAACAGCCAGAGCAGCCAGCAGAAGCUGGCAUUCUCCAUCACCUAGAAUGUCUGGUCAUCCAGAGCCACCAUCUCUUCAAUAGGUGAUGAAAUGAGACUGGCUGACCAGACCGCUUGUCCACUAAUUGCACCCACUGUGAAACUGGCAACAUCUCCUGAUUGGGAGCAGAAGCACGUGACUUGCUGCUGUUAGUCAAGAGCACACCAGGUGGCUUAGCACUGCCAGCAGGAGCCAUGACCCCCAGAGGAUACUGUUUCAGGUGCCUCAACAUUGCCAAAGUUCCAAGAUGCUCCUAGCUUUGCCCUGCACCAUCCAGGAGGACAUAUUUUUAAUGGGGUUUUUAAAUUAAAGUGGGUUUUAAAUUAGAGCUCUAGCUGUGCUGGGGGUGGGGGUGGGAGAAAAAGCACCUUUAGGGAGUGUAGUGAUGGAGGUGGUGGUCUAUUUAUUAUGUUGUGUGUGCCACACAUGGUGCUAUCUAUAGUGCAUAGGAACAUAGGAAACUGCCAUAUACUGAGUCAGACCAUUGGUCUAUCUAGCUCAGUAUUGUCUUCACAGACUGGCAGCGGCUUCUCCAAGGUUGCAGGCAGGAAUCUCUCUCAGCCCUAUCUUGGAGAAGCCAGGGAGGGAACUUGAAACCUUCUGCCGAAUAAAACAGGGUAAUACCAGGUGAUCUCAUAAGCCUACUGGAAAGUAGGCUAAAAAUGAGAGAGGGGGGUGGUGGCGGCAGGCUUCUCUCCCCUUCCUCCCCACCAGAAGACCCAGAAGAACAGUGAUUGCUGCAGUGCAGAGUGAUUCAGCUCAGUGAUUCAGCAGCAGGGCAGCAAGUCCAGCAGGGUGGGAGGCACAGCAAAUUGAAAGCAGAAGGUGAAGCAAGGCAGCAUCAGCUCUCUUCCUCCAGAUCUAGUGGCACAGUGAAGCUAGGCACUGAAUGUCUAGGCUUUAAAUACACUUUGAAACUCCCUCCUUUUUGCUCCCUCCUCCCUCGUCCCUCCCCCCAUCUAGCCUCUGGGGGCAGAGUUAUUAUUAUUAUUUUAUUAUUAAUUCAAUUUCUGUACCGCCCUUCCAAAAAUGGCUCAGGGCGGUUUACACAGAGAAAUAACAAACAAAUAAAUAAGAUGGCUCCCUGUCCCCAAAGGGCUCACAUUCUAAAAAGAAACAGAAGACACACACCAGCAACAGUCACUGGAAGUACUGUGCUGGGGGUGGAUAGGGCCAGUUACUCUCCCUCUGCUAAAUAAAGAGAAUCACCACAUUAAAAGGUGCCUCUUUGCCCAGUUAGCAGAGUUGCCCUGACAACACUUGAUUUGGAAUGAUAACAAGCCAACCAUAGGAAAGGAGAUCGCAAACCAAUCAGAUGGCAGUGGCAGAAAACCAAUCAGCAAGAGAAAAACAAGUAAACAAGCAGACAAUAUGGUGGUUGCCAUAGCUGUUCAAAUCUUCAAAUCGGUUCUCAUCGACCUGGGUUUGAUUCAGUUCAAUCACGGACUGGCUGCCUUUCCUGAGGGCCAGUCUGGUUCACAGUUGAGCUGGACAAACUAAUCCAGUUUGUGGUGAACUAGUUUGUUUACACAGACCCCUACCCAGGAAAAGGAAGAGAUGGAGGCAGGCUACCCAGUGGCCUACCUUCCUUCUGCAGAAAAGUGAGGAAGCACCAGCAAGGGCCUGGGAAGAGUGAGGGUGGUAGAGAUGAGCAACUUCCAAUUUUGCACUAGCAACUUCAUUGCUGGAUGGAUACAUGGGGGCUUAACUAUAAUAGGGCAAGGGAGACAGUUGUCUUGGGGCCCACUGCCUUGUGGGGGGGGCAGAAGCAAGUCACAUGACUGACUCCCCCAGCUGCGCACCUGCCUGGGCUUCCUUCAGUUGUAUUCAUCCUCCAAAACUGAUGUGAGUGUGAAGACCUGGAGCUACCAGAACAGCAUGUCUUUCUCUAGUACCAUUAAAUGACUUGCAUCAUCCACAAUUUACAAAACCUUUUAAAAAACAGUUUAGGAUGAUGUUUGUGCCUGACACACCACCAGCUCUGACAGCAGCAGAAAAAAAUUGUGUGUACAGUCUUGGCUCAGAAACCAAAUCAAACCCCCAUUUAUAACUUUGUUUCCUAUGUAAAAAUGGGUUCCACAUUAAGUCAAAAUGUCUUAUGACACAGUUUUCAGGAAUGAAUUGUGUUGUAAAUCUGAGAAUUUUCUGUAUGCCCAUUUGAGCUGUUGCCUUCAGAAGCUUCCUGUGUUGUUUUUUGUGUUGUUUAAAAAAAUGCAGUAAUGACUUUUAAAAUCUACUUUUAGUCACUUUGCCUUAUAGACCCAGUGAAGUAAAUAUGUCCUUCUAUUUUUAAUAUUUUAGAGUUUGUUCACAUUACUAUUUUAAUAUUGUUGUACUUUUCCAUGUAAUUAAACAGAAAUCACUAAAAAGAAAAGCACUCUUGUGCAAACAACUUGCCAUUGUAUUCAGAAAAGUGACAGUAUCACUGCCAUCACCAUUCACAUAGUUGUUAUAUUGCACCAUCAACUAACAACUAGGGAUGUGCUUGAAAUGCGCAUGUGCAGAUGCCAUGUGUGUGCUAGCACUGCGCAGGGGCAGUUGGGAGAUGCCCUGCUGGCAUGCAAUCAUAGUUGGGGUGAACACUGCGAUUACUGAAGUGGUGGCAAGCAGAGGAGGAACAGGUAUGGACAGGAGGAACAGGUAUCUUCUCCAUGUUAAAGGGGCUGUGUAAGCCCUCUGUUUUAAAAGGAUUGUGCUGCAAUUUGGAUGCCACAUCAUGUUUCUAGCACAUCGCUACUAACAACAUAUAAAUAUCUAUUUAUUCAACUUAAAAUGCUAAUAAAGAACCAAAUUAAUGAGAGGUCUCUCGUACACAUGUAGUCAAAUGAAUUUCUUACAAUUCAUAACAUUGCUUGCAAUUAUGACUAUAAAGAAAACUAAAGGUUACUUUAAUGCUAGAGCCCAUGAACUGAAAAAGCUGAGAAACAGCUACUAGUUAGCACCCUCUGUCAACAUCUAACCCCAUCCCUGACAAAAGGGCAAAGAGGCACCUUUUAGAGGGGUGACUCUCAUGUUUAGCAGCAGGAUAACCAUUUCCUUUUCAGCCCCAGUACAGAAUCCCUUUCAGUGACUGUUGCUGAUGUCUACCUUAAUUUCUUUUCAGAUUGCAAGCCCUUUAGGGACAGGAAAUGAUUCUCUUUUCCCCUGUAAAACUCUUUGAAAACUUUGUUGUUCUUGUUGUUGUUGUUUGUUGUUGAAAAGCAGUAUAUGAAUACUUUUAAUAAUAAAAAAUGUUCUGAGCAUCUUGGAGGAAGGAUAAGAUAAAAAUGUAAUAAAUGAAUGGAAAAAACUUGGAAAUAAACUUAUGUUUAUCAGUCUG